UCGGUUUACACGAUGGCUACAAACGGAAAGUAUCAAAACAUAAGUAUUCAACCACCGAAACUUCCAAGGACUUCUAAAACCAUAUACGAGUUGCCCAGAGAAAACUUAAGCAAAAGUGAUCUCGCUAAAAAAUCGACUUCCGACAGAACUAAACGCCGUUUGGCUCACGAGGCGUGGUUUCCCCUGCCGGUAAUCACUAAGUUUGAAGUGCCGGCGCCGUCGGUUGCUCAACGGAAACAAAAAAAAAAGCAUGUUUUAAAGAAGGAACGUUUCUCGCGAGUAAAGCCUUGCAAAGUAAGACAGAUUAACGAGAGAGUUUCUUUGGAUUCUGCAAAAGCCCAACAUUGCCUGCAGUCGAAAAGUUCUGGUAUAAAAAAUAUUGGUGAUAGAGUUAAGGCCGAUAAGAGAAAGUUAGGAGACUUAGUUUAUAAUGAAGUGACAAAAAAGAAACAAAAAAAAGGCAAUGUUGACAAGUCAAAAAAUAAAGAUGUAAAAGAAAAAAAAUCAUGCUCACGU